AUUUACUCCAGAGUGCUGCUUGUGCUCGGAGUCUUUCUAUAGCCUCAUCGAUGGAGGCAAUACCUUGGCGGGCGUAUAUUCGGUCUAUGGAUGGCAGCUCAUUUAUUGUAGCGAAAAUGAAAACUGUUUUUCAUCCAGCGUUUCGCCGACAUCGAAUCAAGACAGUUUUUUUGGGUCUUGCGACGCUUGGAGCUGGUUUCUACAUGCUAUGUAAGAGACUUGGCGCUCAGAGUCAGUUGAGUUACGAAUCACCCAAAGAAUUGCAGGUUAGAUUCCAACCGAAGCAGGAGUAUUUAAAGGUGAAUCGAGUUUUUCUCCACCAGAUGGGAUAUUUGUUGAAGAUUAUUAUUCCUGGCCCCAUAUCCUUGGAGGCAAUAUGUGUUGCCUUGUUGACCUUUUUUUUAUUGGUUAGGACAAGGUUGUCUAUUCGGAUUGUUGAGAUAAUGGGUUUGAAUGCGAGUGCACUGGUGCGGACCGAGUUUAGAUCAUUCGUGCGAGGAGUGCUUAGUUUGGGUCUUAUUGCAGUUCCUGCUUCUAUCGUGAAUUCUCUUUUGAAAUUUCUCACCAACUUUUUAGCGCUUCGUUUUCGAAAGCGUCUGACUACCUAUGCGCAUGAGAAGUAUUUGAAUAGCCUUACGUUUCGCCGAACGAUAUUGGAUCGUUCCAUUGAUGGGAUAGACCAGCGAAUAUCGCAAGACAUUGAUCAACUUUCGAAGGUUAUCUCUGAAUUUUACCCUUCAACUUUCAAGCCGUUGGUGGAUGUUGCUUUGUUCACGCACAAGCUGACUACGUCUGUUGGAUACGAAGGCGCAGCUAUGAUUUGUAUUUAUUAUAUGUUUUCUGGAUUUAUUUUGCGUCGUUGGCUGCCUGACUUUGCCUUCAUGACAUCUAAGCAACAAGAACUCGAGGGGAACUUUCGUUAUUACCAUACUCGGCUUUUGAUGCACGCCGAAGAGAUCGCAUUCUACAGGGGUUGGAAUCGAGAGAGGAAAUUGAUCAAUGACACCUUCGACCGUUAUUACCGACACUGUAUGGGCUUUUUGGUAAGUCAGGCGGUUAUCGAUGUCUUCGAUUCUUGGUUGGUAAAGUAUGGUGCUACGCUGGUUGGGUAUUUGGUUGUGGCUAUUCCGGUGUUUGGAGGGGUGAUCGCUAGUAGAGGAGGUGACCAAGUGUCUUUGUUGACGGAGUCUUACGUUCAAAACACGCAAAUUCUUAUUAAUUUAUCACAGUCGAUAGGACAGGUCGUGCUUUUAUACAAGCGCCUCACUCGGAUGGCUGGAUAUACGUCUCGCGUGUUCGAACUUUUUUCGAGCGUCGACGCGGUAGAUUUUUUGCAAGAGGAUGAACAGCGUGUCAAAAAAGGUGAUCUGAUUGAAUUUGACAGCGUAGACAUUUCGACACCGAACAGAGAAUUGAUGCUUGUAGAGAGUUUGAGUUUUCAAGUUCGUUCGGGAGAGCAUACGAUUAUCAUGGGUCCUAAUGGUUGUGGUAAAUCUAGCAUUUUCAGGGUGCUUGCCGGACUUUGGCCUGCACUCUCUGGUACGAUUUAUUGUCCUUCGGCGGACGAAAUUUUUUUCAUACCGCAACGUCCGUACUUCCCUGUGGCCAGUUUGCGAGAACAGGUGAUUUAUCCGGACAGGACAUCGGACGCGUCUCGAAAGGGCGUCAGCGACGAGCAGCUUCUUUCGAUCCUUGCAGACACCGAUCUCGCCUAUUUGGUCAAGCGAGAAGGUGGGUGGGAUGCUCAAAAAAAUUGGACAGAAACCUUUUCUGGCGGAGAGAAGCAAAAGAUCAAUCUUUGCAGAGCAUUUUAUCAUCGGCCGAAAUUUGUAUGCCUUGACGAAUGCACUUCCGCUGUAUCGGUUGACAUCGAGGGGAAGCUUUAUAAGAGGCUCAUUGAAAUUGGGUGUACAAUUGUGACCAUAUCCCAUCGAAAGCACCUUCAACAAUAUCAUAAAAGGUUGAUUCAGAUGACCGAUUCGAAUGGGUAUUCAGCCAAGUUGGUUGGGUCCCAGUGAUGGUUUUCUUCGCUCAAAGGCGAAGGUUUUUCAGGAUGUCGUCUGCUCCUGUGUUAGUACUUAAUGCAAAGACGAAGCGAGAGAGUGGAAGGAAAACCCAGUUGGGGAACAUACAGGCGGCGAAGAUGGUAGCCGAUGUGAUUCGUACUAGUUUAGGUCCCAAAGCAAUGCACAAGAUGAUUCUAUCAAUGUCAGGUGGGAUAGUGAUUACGAACGACGGGAACGUAAUAUUGCGUGAGUUAGAUGUGAACCACCCGAGUGCGAAGGCAGUGAUGGAUUUGAGUCGUGCGCAGGAUGAAGAAGUGGGCGAUGGGACGACUAGUGUCGUGGUGUUGGCAGGUGAGCUUUUGAAUUUAGUUGAACCUUGGCUGGUGAAGGGUUUGUCACCCAACGUGAUUAUUAGAGGUUUAAAAUUGGCAUUACAAGAUGCAUUGGCACACUUGAAGAGCAUUGCGAUACCAGUAAAUCGGAAGAACCGUCAGGACUUACUUGACAUUGUAAGGAGCUGCAUGGGGACGAAGUUUGCAGUUUCAUUUUACCCGUCAUUUUUGAGCGAAUUGGCUUUAGAUGCGGUUUUGUUAGUGGCUCAGGAUGGCGAGGAGAAAGACAUCGACAUCAAGCGAUAUGUGAGGAUUGAGAAGAUUCCUGGCGGAAAGGUGAGCGAUUGCUGCACUGUGCUUGGCGUGGUGUUGAACAAGGACGUGACGCAUGUGCAAAUGUCUCGUCGAAUCGAAAAUCCUCGUGUGGUUAUAUUGGAUUGUAAUUUAGAAUACAAAAAAGGUGAGAACCAAAUUACGCUGGAAGUGACCAAAACCGAUCAAUGGACUCAAAUUAUGCAGCAAGAAGAAGAUUAUGUGAAGAAAAUGGUUGAGGACAUUGCCAGAAUGAAGCCCGACUUGGUUUGUACCGAAAAAGGAAUUUCUGAUUUGGCACAGCAUUAUUUGGUACAACAUAACAUUAGCGCGUUACGUCGUCUCAAGAAGACAGAUGCUCAACGUCUUGCACGUGCAUGCGGAGCGACGAUUGUUAGUCGUCCUGAGAAUCUCAAGGAGAGUGAUGUUGGCACUGGUGCUACGUUGUUUGAAGUUAAAAAAAUCGGUGACGAAUAUUAUUCGUUUAUUAAUUGUUCAAAAUCGAAAGCUUGUACCAUUUUACUUCGUGGUCCAGGGAAGGACAUAUUAAAUGAGGUGGAGCGCAAUGUUCAAGAUGCGCUUGCAGUCGCGCGAAAUAUCAUUCAAGAACCUUUGUUGGUUUAUGGUGGCGGCGCAUCUGAAAUGUCUAUCGCUGCCAAGUUGACAGAAAAGAGCAAGAGUAUUCCUGGCGUUGUUCAAUUCCCCUAUGCGACAGUUUCUUUUGCUUUGGAGAUCAUUCCUCAUACAUUGAUUCAAAACUGCGGUACGAAUGUGGUUCGAAAUCUCACGAAUCUCCGUGCUAAGCAUGCGGUUGGAGAGGGUCAUUAUUGGGGUAUAGAUGGACAAACUGGACUUGUUAGAGAUGUUCGCGAAUUUCAUCUCUACGAACCGUAUUCUGUCAAGGCACAAACUCUCAAAACUGCCAUAGAGGCUGCGUGUAUGCUUCUUAGGAUUGACCAAAUUCUUUCUGGUAUCAGUAAAAAGAAUGCUUCUGGCCAGUCAUCCCAAACCCCUCAAGAUGCUGCCGAUGACUCAGCGGCUAUGAUGGAAUAAAAAAGAAGCCCUUUCAUCCCUUGCAUGCAGAGUCUGUCAUAUGCAAGAAAAAAUAUGCGAUUUACAUUUUUUUUGACCGUU